AUGCUCACAUCAGAUGUUGCUGUCAAUAACGAUGUUGAUGCAGUGGUUGGCAAACGUCUGAGUCAUUAUCAUCAUCAGAAAUUUUCCUCCUAUCCUGAUGGUGCGACCUUGAAAACACCCUCUGAGCAUACGCAGUACAAGCGAGCCACCGUCACCACCAUGGUUGAUCGUUACAGCGACUGUCACUUGCUUUUGCCUGUGCCUGCUUGCAACAUCCUAUCAGACCGCACCAAAUUGUCCACUUUCUGGGUCACUAACAGUUUAAUCGACGACUUAUUUCUCCAUCUCUCUUCGGCUUUGAUUACAGUCAUCCACAUGGCGACAGCCGCAGCUGGUUUGACUUCCAGCCCGACAAAUGAAAGUACGGCACACAGAUUCGUGUUGGGUAUACAGCAGACGUAUUCAUCAGUAACACUUUUCCGGUGGCUAGUUGUUAUGCCGCCCGAAGGAGGUAUUAGGGCUUGGAUACUGCAAGGUUGCCCAAGCCUAGACAGGGGAAGUCGAAAGACAGGUUGGCUGGUACACAAACCGCACACAACCAGUCAAACCAACAGCGCCCUCGGUGAUCUUACACACGAUUCAAGUGGUUUCGCUUCACUGCUGGUCGAUCAGAGUAACAACAGCAACUUCACAAUUCACCAGAAAAGUACCGAACGAACAAGCGUUUCUUGGCCUCACCAAAAUCCGAUUCAUCUAGAAAGCGAUACAAGUGAUCUUGGUUUGGAACAGAGCGUUCUCAGUGUGCAACAUCAAGUGGAACCAAGAAUUGAGCGCACAGACUAUCCAGUACAAUCAGCAACCUCUGUGAGGUCUCCGGGCUUCGCGCCAGACAUGACUUCUACGUGUAUGCGAUCGAAAUUGAACCUGAAUACCGGUAGUGAGGCGCGGGACGCAUCGCAUACCCCUAAUUUCCACGUACUGUCUGGCCGCGAGUCUCGUCUGUUGGAGGGAAACUUGGCCUCCGUAGCUCGAUACGUGGGGGAAUUGACUGGAUGCGUUGGUGCAUCCAAGGUCACUACUACCAACCCCAGUUUGAGCAGAUCGGAUAAUACGCGAACCCCAUUGUUACAACAGACCAAAUGCGAGCGAACAACGCAGCUGAGCGAAGACCUAACAUCCAUAGCGGUAGAUCCGUUUGAACAAGCACAUCAGGUACGUCAUACAUCUAGCCUACAAUCAAAUAUCCGCGGGGCAUACACUUCCGAAACUCAAUGGAGCAACCUCGAUAGCAACUGGGAGCGUGAGCACCACUACGGGGUUCAUCACGCCCUAUGUGUGUUUGGCUGGAGACAUUGUACGAUAUGGAGGCUAACGGAUUUCCGUGAGGUUCAUGCUGUCAGUUCGUAUCCGAAUGGCCGAAUUACCCACAAUGGCCUUCUUGACUCUCUUCCAACCCUGUUGGCUAUUACCGCAUUUUCGCACAGUGCCGAGGUUUGCCUGUGGCACGGGGCUACCAGGUACACGCAAGCACUGGCUAUCAGGCAAAACAGUGGCAUUACUGGAAUCCCGAAAAAAUGCUCCCGCUGGUCCCAACAAAGUAUCAGAUUUCGAAUGAAACCUAUCGUGCGCGCCGAGUGUGAAGUCUGGUGGGCAGGCAAAUCUAAGGAAGCGGAAGGGACCUAA